CAGGUGGCUAAAAGAGGCAGAGAACCAGGCACUGAUACUUGAAAAGUGGAAAUCAUACAACGCAAGCUCAUACUGCUGCAGAUUGUCCUGGAGCAAGACAACCCUUUGCAUCAUACUGUGGCUCGUGCUGUAAUCAGUGCCAUGUCAUCCCCGUGCCUCAGCAGCAUCUUGACCAACGCCAACAUCACCAUGUAUCAGACUGGCGGCCAUGACGUCCCGCCGCAGCUGCCCAGCAUCAACACCCUGCAGAUCAGCAAUUCAGCAUACAACUCCAACAUAAGCGGUCAGUGGUACCGGGAGAUCAGCCCUCACUUCUGGACGGCAGACAACGUUCUGGACUGGAUCAGCGAUCACGUAGAGGGCACCAAGUUUGACGCGAGCACCCUAAGUCUGGCCUACUGCGCCAUGGACGGCCCUGCUCUCUGCCAGAUGAGCCGGGAACAGAUGAUCGGGCUUUUCGGCACGCAGCUCGGCCCACACCUCCAGCAGAGUCUGCAGGAUCACAAGACCAAAUAUGAGCUGCAGAGCCUGUCGGGACCGGAGCUGAGCGAGACCUGCCAACUCCUGGACAACUUCCUGGACAACCUAAACUUCCCUUUGCUCAGCACCAUUAGAAUUGGCCAAGGUGAAGGCUUUGUCACCAAGAAGGAGUUUGACUACAGGGAUGAUUGUAUUAGUCUGAACCUGGAGCCCAUGCCAUCUCUGGGAGACACAGAGUACCUGUCUGAUAACCAGUCUGACAGCGAGUACAGCUCCUCCUCCAACAGUGGCAUGUUUGACUUAAGCCUCGGCUCACCCGAGUCUGGCAGUGGCGAAUCAGACCCGGAGUUCUCCUUCCCUCUGAUUUCAAAGGCGAACAUCAAAACAGAGAAAGAAGAGUGUCGCCUGAAGCGACCACGGGGUCGACCUCCCAAAGUCAGCAGAGAGCACGGCAGCAGCAGCAGCAGCAUUUAUGGCAGUCCAAAGAAAAACAAACACGCUCCUCGUGGCACUCACCUGUGGGAGUUCAUCAGGGACAUUCUGAUCCACCCAGAGAAGAACCAGGGCCUAAUGAAGUGGGAGGACCGCCGCGAGGGUGUAUUCAAGUUCCUCAAGUCCGAGGCCGUGGCUCAGAUGUGGGGCCAGAAGAAGAAGAACAGCAGCAUGACGUAUGAAAAACUCAGCCGGGCCAUGAGGUAUUACUAUAAAAGAGAAAUCCUGGAGCGAGUUGACGGCCGGAGGCUCGUAUACAAAUUUGGAAAGAACUCUAGCGGCUGGAAGAUGGAGGAGCUUGGCAUGGGCAUGUGAGACGUCAGUCACUAGAAACCAAAAAGCCUUGCUGCCCCCAGACACUAACUUCCUCUUGAAAGGAAGAUGUUGCAGAAAAUGUAAGCCAUUGUUUUUGGCUCUAGUAGGUUUUAUGAACCGAUAUUAAUGUUGUACCUGUUUUGUGUAUUUGAUUGCCACAGCAAAGCUUUACUAUGUGCGCAGUAACUUAAAUGGACAUCGUUUUGGAUGCUUGUGAGUUUCGGUAAGCACUUAGAGUCUUUUUUUUUUUUACAAAUGUACAGAAUUCCCUUUUAAUGUUUCUUUAGUGAUGCAGGACUAACUCAUCCUCAUCUGUCACUAUGGAGUUUUCUUUGGUAUACGGGCGAUAAUGACUAUUGUGGCACUGAAAACGUUAUAUUUCUCGUUUCUUACUUUCUUAUUACUGUCUUGUUAUUCAAGAAGGGUACUAAUGUCACCAUCGUAUGUCCAUGUAAAUGUAAAAUGAGUUGUGUAUCUGAAUGUAGUACCAAAUUUGGAAAUGUGUUCUUCUAAAGGUUAAGCUCAAAAGUGAAGGACAAAGACAGAGCAGAGAGAACUAGGGUGAAAUAAGUCAUGUUAAUUCACAUUAAUACAGUAAUGAUGUGCACUACAUGUCUAUCGGUAUCACUUAUUAUAAAGUGUGUUUACACAGUGUAAAAAGUAGUUUUGGGAGUAACUAUGUCACAUGUUUGUUUUAAUCAGUCGGAAAUUAGUUGCACGCCGUUUCUUUUUCUUUUUUUAACGUGUUAAUGUGAUUAAUCCAUUUUGGAUUGAUAAAUGUAUGUUUAUACUAUACCAUUUGUAAUAUCUUUUAAUUAAUGGCAUAUUGUUUAUAUUGAAAAAAUACAUUUUGACAUGUACUUGCUGUUUUGGUAUUGACUUUUAUUUUUUAAUGCUGUAAUCUUGUUGAUAUAUCUGUAACCAUCAUGAAGGAUGGAAGAUGUGAAACUGGAGUAAAGAUGUGAGUGUUAAACUCGCAAGAUACAAUUAUCA